CACAAAGACCCUCAGAGGUUAUCUCGCAGCACGGUGCCUCUGUCCUCCUCCUCCUGAUGGGACACUGUUAACCCGCCCACCACCCUCCUCUGUCUCUGACCACCAGCCCCCGCCCAACCCACUGCCAGUCAGCCAGCAGAGCCUCUGGCCACGUCUCAAAAGUCCGCUUUGUACACAGCCGGACAGACGGUGGAGGUAGCCGAGCAGCUGCGGACCGAGGGGAGAAGAGCACCGCGGGGUGUGGGGACAGAGAGCACCGCGCACCGGCUCCGUGCCAGGCAGCACGACCUAAAGCUCUGUCUUUUCUGCAGCAACACAGCUUCACAGAGGAGAAAAGAAGAGAAAGAUCCACAUCAAGCACCACAGAGCUUCCAGUGAUCCACAAUCAUGAUGCCCCGUUGCAGAGUGAACCUCAGCACCAUGAUUUUCCUGGUGAUACUGCAGGGGGCAGCAGUGGUGCUGUUCUGCGGCUGGUAUGUCCAGCUCAGCCCCUGCGGCUCCGCCCCAUCCAACGGCAAAGUUCACGUGCUGCUGUUGUCGUCGUGGCGAUCAGGCUCGUCCUUCUUGGGUCAGGUGUUCAGUCAACACCCAUCUGUUUUCUAUCUUAUGGAGCCUGCUUGGCAUGUGUGGACCAAACUGCAGAAGCCCAGUGCGCGGGCACUCCGAAUGGCUGUGAGGGAUCUACUACGUAGCAUAUUCCAGUGUGAUUUUGCAGUGAUGGAGGCCUACCUGCCAGAGCACCACAACGUGUCUUCCUUGUUCAUGUGGAGUCACAGUAGAGCACUGUGCUCACCUCCAGCCUGUACUCUCACGCCACGCAACCAGAUCAGCAACCAGACUCAAUGCUUCCAGGCGUGUGAUGCUAGGGGCCUUCUGGGGGUGGAGGAGGCCUGUGGUACUUACAGUCACGUGGUGUUAAAAGAAGUUCGAUUUUUUGAACUGGAAUCCCUCUACCCGCUCUUACAGGACCCAAGCCUAGACCUCCGCAUCAUCCAUCUGGUUCGAGACCCACGGGCUGUUGUGCGGUCCAGAGAGGAGUCAGCCAAAGCUUUCGUCAGUGAUAACGCAGUCGUCUUGGAGCAGAGGAGCAUACCAGCAGCCGAGGUGCAGUAUCAAGUCAUGCAGGAGAUCUGCCGUAGCCACGUGCGCAUCAAUGAGAGGGCCAUACUGAAGCCCCCUCCCUUUCUAAAAGGCCGCUACAAAAUGGUCCGCUAUGAGGAUGUGGCACGAAACCCCCUUGGGGAAAUAACUGCCAUGUAUGACUUUGUAGGUCUGGACAUGACCAGACAGCUGGAGGAAUGGAUCUACAAGGCGACCCAUGGAAAAGGUAAAGGCUCCAAGAAAGAGGCCUUCAAAAUCACUUCACGAAACGCUGCAGACGUCUCCCAGGCUUGGCGUACCGCGCUGCCACACAACAAGGUCAAGCGUAUCCAGGAAGUGUGUAAGGGGGCUAUGUCAUUGCUCGGGUACAGGACAGUUAACAGUGAAAAAGAGCAGAAGAGACUUGACAUUGAUCUGCUGGUGCCACGCGAACCGUAUCAGUUCAGCUGGUUACCAGCCAAAACAGAGCAUCCCAGUAAAAGAUAAAACAUGAAUGACAGAGACUUUGUCACAGAGACACUACUGUGGACUGAAGUCUAUAUUCUAUACAGGCUUUAUUGGUUGUAUGGGUCUAUAGUGAGUGCUAUCACAGACUGAUUCCUCAACUCAGGGAACACUGGUAUGAUGUCCAAGGUUAAAGCGUUGAUUUGUGAUUAAUACACACCUAACACUCAGUGAGAGGAUUGUAGUGUUAAAUUGACUAUUCAUCACCUGAUGUUCAGAGCUGCACAUCAGCUGUCAUAUCUGGCUUGUGUGUAAAACACAAGUUUUACAGUAAUUAUACUACUCUGGUUGGCACAACCCAGUCUUUACAUCUAAUAUCAAAAGAUUUUACAAUUUGGGUGAGUUGCCGUUGUGAAGUAUUCGUGGACCUACCACAAAAGCAUGGCCACAUUAAUAAAACCAAUAAUUUGGUAGAAAACAUAAGGAAGCUGACAGAUAAUUACAUGGUCUGGACAAACAAACACAAGAAUCUUUUGUUUGAUAUUUAUAUUUGAUAUUUUCAUACUAGCACUGUAUAGUUGCUUUCCACUUUGUGUGUACAGUUUGUGAAUUGUGUGGGCCCAUAAUGGUGAUAGAGUGCACUCUUGUCUGCACUAGGUGAACCUGGGCCUGGGAUUUGCAUAGUGCAAGCAUUCUAGUGGUGACAGGUAGUCAGAAUAUAGUCAGCAGUCCUGUGCUUGUGUAACACAAGAUUCACAGCACAUGUUUCAGUCUGAGACAUCAGUGUGUAAUGGAGCUGCUCCUAUCAGUCAGUGAUUAUCACAGAACUGAUGUAAAUUCACUCAAUUUGAAUCCACAUUGCUUUAAGCUCGGCAUCAUGCCAGUGUCCCCUGAAGACCUGAUCUAUCCCAACAGGAGACUGUUGAUCAGUGACGAAGCGAAGCCAGUCUGAGGCCAGUAAUGUCACUGAGACAGGAUGUUAGUUGACGUUAUUUGGGGAGGACAGGAAGCAUACUUAACAUUGUUAGCCAAAACACUGAAAAGGUUUCACUUAUAUUUUUAUGUCCUGAGUUAGAAUCAGUGAAAGCACAUUUGUGUAUUAAAGCUGUACUAGGCAGAAAUACACAAAGUGGGUCUAAAACUGAGACUAUGUAGAUACAUCUUUCAUUUUUCAUCUUUCAUUUUUCAUUUCAGGUGUCAGUGUGGUCACUGUUGGAAAAUAAUAUCAUUAAUCCAAAAGGAAGUGACAUAUCAAAACUGAAGGUCAAAUUUGAUUGUGGAACCUUCAUCUCAUUGACCUAGUUAUGUUUUGGCAUCUGAAAUGUCGAACAAAGUUAAACAUUUACCUCUUCCUCCUGCUUGUAGUGCAGUACCUCACUUACUGUGGCUUAGUUAUUAAAAUGGAGUCCGACAUGAUUGCUGUUCAGUAGUUGCAUUAAGAUGUUUACUCAAACUGGCUAACUGUAAAUCUGCCUCCUGGAAUCUCCCAUUUAUUUAUGUCUGUUUACAGGAAUUGUUCUUUUUUUAUUGAUUGAUUAAUAAUUGAUUAAUUUUAUUUUUCAUACUUUAAAUGCCUAGUGUUUUGAGCAGAGUACUUUGACAGUGAUUAAGGAUCAAAGCAUUUAGUCAAUAGUAGAAUGUUAAAUCAUGUUGAUUUACAUCUUCAGAGCCAAAUUAAAAAGACAACUUAACUACUGUUAGUAGUUAGUGUUCAGUUUCUUUGUGCUUUCUGUCAAUAUUGAUCAAUUAUAGAAAAAAAUAUAGAAAAAAAGCAUCAAAGCAUCCCUAGGACUUGUCAUAUUAUGAACAUAAUCAUCCAUUAUUAUUUUUCAUAUGAAGCAGAACUGUUUAAACAAUAUAUAUUUUCCUGUUGUACAUUCUUCUCAAACCCAAGCUGUGUCCCAGUUGCACACUGCUGUAUAUACAAAUACUACAAAGAAUACACUACUAUGUUGUACUGCAGAAUAUUCUCUGUUGGCAGUUAGUAUACAAUCAGUUUUGUAAAGCUACUGCCACUUUCAAAUUUACAAACUUAAAGCUGCAACAAUACAUAUUUUUAUAUUACCAUUAAAUAGUAAAUUACUAUGUGUAAUAUGAAAGGGGUUGUUCAUAGAGACAAACCCACAGAGAGUUAUGCAGUUCCCUCAGCUUUAUGUGGCAUUUUACUAUCUUUCGGCUCCUUAGUUUAGUUCAAUAACACAGCUUUAACAAAGAGAAAGCAAAAUAUUUUUCUAAGGAAACAAAAAGGUUUUUUGAGACACAUCCGGAGCUGUCUCCACACUUUUCAUUUUUAUGUCUAAAUUUAUUCCAGUCAUGAGUUGCUCUUCUGUUUAUGAGUUCAUCAGAACUACAUUCAUAAAACAAGCAUAUUUGAUAUGCACAUUUACAGCUUUGCGUAUCCUCAUUGUAUCCGUUUUUCAUUGUGAGCUUACUGUACAUUCAAAUCCUAGAUAAAAGUAGCAUUGUGGUAUAGAGCUGGGACACCGGGACGGUUUAGUUUUAGUGGUGCAGGAAAUUAAAAACAGGUCCUUAUUGGGGUGGAGCCACAGAGCAGCUAGCAUGGCAACAUGUACAAUGUGAUUCUAAUAAGAAAAGAGCAUCUAAAGAGAAAUUCCACCCUAAAGGACUGUUGUAACAUAGCUCAUCAGAAAUACAAUACCACAAUAUCCUGAAAUUAAACAGUGUAAGGUGAAUUAUUCCUUUACCAUCACUGCCAUUUGACAUUUGCUCAAGUUAGCACCAGCACUUGAAUUGGCUCAAUCAGCUGUGAUGAUAGGGUCCUGUUGAAGUAAAAUGAUAGUUCAACAUGUCACAGUGUGCUUUGAAAGCGUAACUGUCAGUAAGACUUAACAUUGCUGAAGAUGAGGGUCUGUGUUGCUGUGCUCUGUGUGUCUGCCAGAGACUUCUGCAGCAUGUGGAACAGAGUGUUCACUGAGUACACUAUGUUCUGUCAGUGUGUGUGUGUGUGUGUGUGUGUGGGAGAGGGAGAGUGCAUGUACACAGAUGCUUAUGGAUUUUCCGACAGAGGAUUAUAUUGCAUGCUGUCCUGUCAGGUAUUCCACUCUUUGCAUUAAUCAGUAUGUGUUUAGCUCUGUGUGUUCUGACAAAAGUGUUGAAAAGAGAGGAGUGAACUGAGCACUGUGUUCUUCUAUCAGUGCUUAACAGGCUAUUGUUUGAUAUCAGUCAUCUUAGAGAGGGUUUUCCCCUUUGCUCCUUAUCACUCAAUUUUCUAUCCAUGUUGAUAGUGUAUCACCAGCAAUAAAAAAUAAAAAUAAGACUCAAUGUUCCCACUUUGAACUACCAAUUUUAUUGCCCGUGAUGCUUUUGAUCAAAUAAAAAAAUACAAUGGAGAAUUUUUUGAUAUUUAAAAUAGAUUUCAAGCCACAGUCUUAAUGGACCAUACUGGUGUUUUUGCAUGUUUUAUUCAAUUUAAUGCAAAUUAACACUUUUUUAAUGGCAUUUUGAAUGUGUUUUCCUACCUUUAAGGCAAUUGUGAGAUAAUAAUAUUAUUGUAAUAUUAUUUAUAAUAUUGUAAAUUUCCUGUUAUGGAGCUCAAGCAAGAGUCACGUUCGUUUUGAUGCUGCCCAGAAGGUGAGAAAACAGACAAUCAGAUGCUUUGGAAAAUGAUUAUGAAAAGUCUGAUUUGUAAUAAAAUGGUCUAAAGUAGUUGUCCCCAUCCCUGGGCUUGGGACCCCUCUAAUGGGUCUGUGACAGAUAUUUUUUGGGGGGGUGGAGGUUUCUCUAAAGUUCUGAAACAAUCUGAGAAGUCUUUUUUGGAACUGUUCACAACUCAAAGACAUUACGCAGCCAAGUAAACACUGACUCACUUUAAUGGGUCACAAGCUACAACAGUUGGGUACAAGUUGUACAAACACCAAUAUAAUCCUUUAACUUGCUGAUUGUGGUACUGAGUAGUGAUGAAAUAACGCUAAUGAAUUUAUUUUCUGUUCUGUGAUGCUUCAACCACAACAAGACAAGUUUUCCAGCUGUCCAAACCAAUGUGUUUGACCCAAAGUUGUCACUGAUGUCAUGAAGUGCCUGAACAUGUAACUCGUGUCCCUAUACAAUGUGAAAGAUAAGAAACACUUUAUUGUCAUGUUUAAACGCAUGUUGUGCCUUUCUAUUAGACUUGAUGGUGUUUUAGUUUGCAUGCAGAGCCAGUUGACAGUGUCGGUGCCUGACAGAGGGUUCGCUGACAGACCUGUUCUUGUAUUUAUCUGAAAAUGAUUUAUGAAGCAGAAACUUUAUGGUACUAAUGACUGCA